UCGGUUGCAUCGUUGAUCGCAGUGUUCUCAAGCGCUUUAUCAUGACUGGUCGUGGAAAGGGCGGAAAGGGGUUGGGAAAAGGAGGAGCGAAGCGACAUAGAAAAGUUCUUCGCGAUAACAUCCAAGGUAUCACUAAACCGGCUAUCCGUCGUCUGGCUCGUCGUGGAGGCGUCAAGCGUAUUUCCGGUCUGAUCUAUGAAGAGACUCGCGGCGUAUUAAAGGUUUUCCUGGAAAACGUAAUUCGUGAUGCUGUCACCUACACGGAACACGCCAAGAGAAAAACUGUAACGGCUAUGGAUGUCGUAUACGCUUUGAAACGCCAGGGUCGAACUCUUUAUGGUUUUGGUGGUUAAGAACUCUAUUCCACAAAGAUCAUCCAUCUUCCUACACGUCAAUAAAUAAAAACGGCCCUUUUCAGGGCCACAAAAUGAUUCCUACGUAUGCGGAAUGCAAAGUUCAUAUAAUACUAAAAGAACUACACUGUAUCUUUUGUAUGACAUCUUUAUACAGUUUCUCAUUUACUUUCAAAUACUUUUGAAAAUCAUUGAUGAAAUUGUUGUUAGCCCUAUAACAGUAAGGCAAAAUACAUGUACUUACAGUGAAAAUGUAGCUUGUUACGCCAUCUUACUGUUCUAGGGUAAGAUGAUAUAUAUAAUAUAUGACCCUAUAGUACCACUGGUACGUGUUUACAUACCAUAGGAAUGGCCUCCAGACAGUUUAGUCAGGUCCCCUAGAUUUUUUUUGUUCACUUAAAACAGCUAAUGAGAAUAAUGUGUGUAUGAAUAAUGAAAAUCCCUGAAAUAUGUAUGAAAUUUUAUACCAUCUAUUUUCAUUAAGUUUAAUCAAAAUAUAUUUUAUAAUGGUUAUGCCCACUCAUAAUAAUAAUUCAUAAUUGUAUUAAUGUAUUUGUUGACUUAAUUAUUUUUAUCUACGUCUUGAAACCAUAUCUUUCGUACAUUACAUCUUCGUCUUGGAAAUAGAAAUAGUCUUCUUCACGUUAACAUAUUAGUCUUUAUGUAAAGAGAAAAUAAAUUUUUGAUAUCACUACCUUAAACAGAAUCUUUAGUAGAAAUUUUUAUCCAGCAAUUAUCAUAUACUCCACAAAUGCACUAGACUAAUUUAUUAUCUUCUUAAAGAAAAAAAAUAAAAUAGAUUCAAUUCCCAUAUUUGACGAGAGCAACGAGUAAAUAUAAUUGUAUAUAAUUUGGAAUUUUAUUAACCUUAAAUAUUAAUUUGUCGGUCUUAUAAGUCUCUACCACAUGGAAUUUGCAUCGGAUGCGUGACCAAUGCAAUAUUAGCCAACUUAAUCAAAACGUGUACAAUAGAUUUCAACCAUGUUUAUAUGUAAUUAUUUUUAAUAAAAAUAUCAAUCAGA